GUCUGCUGCGCUUAUAUGCUUACGCUGGGAAAGUUGAAACAAAACGUUUAUAGAAUAAAAAUAUUAAAUUAAAAUGCCAAAUCAACUGGAUCUAGGAUUUGUUAAAGCCAAUUCAACAAAUUUGCCAAAAAUAAGUGUAUUUAUGGUUUGGGAGUAUAUUGCUAAUGAUGAGCGAUAUAAUGCUCCAGAAGUUCGAGGAAUAAAAGCAACUUUAUCAUCAAGAGAAAAUUACGGUGAUUCCGCUAUAGGUUAUGUCAGCGUCAAACGGGAAGGUUCUAUUUGUACAGUAAAAGGAAGAAUCUGUCCUGAACACAGAGUUCGACAAAAAGAUUAUACUGUAAUCUGUAGUGUUGACGAAGAAAAAGAAAUAGUUCAACGCGUAGAGUGCCUUGAAUGUGCAGCAUCAGAAGGUUAAAAUAUUUAAGAGUAAUAAUUUAAGAAACAACUAAAUUUUUAUUUUAUAAAAGUAAUAAUUAAUAAUUCAAUAAACAGUUGUUUCAAUAUCCUUAUAGAACACUGUCAUUUGCAUCUUUAAAAAUAUGAAGUAAAGAUAAAUUUAAGAUAACAAUUCAGUA